GCUGUCUCUCCUCCCGUUCUUACACCGCCGCUGGCUCCUCCCGUCUUCAGCGAGUUCUCCUCUCUUCUGCCAUUACUUUUAGGAGAAUCGCAACCGGUGGGUCAAACAAAGAAUCAUGGUUAAAGCUAAGGCGUGGAUCCUGAUCAAGCACUUUGAAGGCUUCCCAAAGGACAGCGACUUUCAACUCAAGGUGGAGGAGCUUCCCAAUCCCAAAGAUGGAGAGGUGCUCAUUGAAGCUGUGUUUCUCAGUGUGGACCCAUACAUGAGGCCGUUCAGCAAGAUUCACAUGAAAGAAGGCGAUGUGAUGAUUGGAACUCAAGUGGCCAAAGUGAUCCAAAGUAAGAACCCGGCAUUUCCUGUGGGAAGCCAUGUUGUUGGUGAUUGCGGCUGGAGAACCCACACGAUCUCUGAUGGGAAAGACCUCCUUCCCCUCAUGUCCGAGUGGCCGAAAGACGUCUCGUUGUCCCUGGCUCUGGGAACCAUCGGCAUGCCAGGGAUGACGGCUCUUUACGGGAUAGAAGACGUCUUGGGACUGCAGAAGGGCGAGACCCUGCUGGUGAAUGCGGCAGCAGGGGCAGUGGGCUCCGUGGUGGGCCAGAUUGCCAAGAUCAAGGGCUGUAAGGUGGUGGGUUCUGCAGGGUCUGAUGCCAAGGUGGCUUACCUCAAAGAACUGGGCUUUGACAAGGUCUUCAACUACAAGACCGUUGGUUCCCUGGAGGAGGAGCUGAAGAAGGCUUCCCCAGAGGGAUACGACUGCUUCUUUGAAAAUGUGGGAGGUCCUUUUUUCACUGUUGCCUUGCAACAGAUGAAGAACUUUGGGAGAAUAGCCGUGUGUGGAGGCAUUGCUACGUACAAUGAUGAAACUCCACAGAAAGGUCCAUACCCCCACACCGACAUCAUUCUUAAGCAGCUCAAGAUUGAGGGCUUCAUGCACAGGAGGUGGGAGCACAAGCACCUUCCGUCCUCCAAGAGGCUGAUGGGGUGGUUGAAAGAGGGCAAACUGCAGUGUCGGGAGCACUUCACAAAAGGUUUUGAAAAAAUGCCAGCUGCCUUUAUGGGGAUGCUGCAGGGAGAGAACAUCGGCAAGGCUAUCAUUGCAGUCUGAUGUGCAAACGCAGGAUCACUGGAGAAGAAUCAGCAUUAAUAACACAUCAUGUCAUGUUAUUACGGAAUUCAUACUUGAAGGACUUAGUGACAGAUACAACUAACUGUCAGUUAACACUUGAUUCUUUUAACUCCUGAUCAUUUUGUGAAACUGUUCUACUUGUUUUGUUCAAAUUUUAUAUGAAAUGCAUUGAAAGAUAAAGAAAGAAUAAAGCAAAUUUACAA